UUUAUAUAUGAAACGAACUCCUUUUUUCUCAUCCAUAUGGGACUUGACCAUGGAACGACGCGAAGCGUUUCGAUUUAACACGCCUUCUAGCAUAAUGGUGGUGGGUCCGUCGGGAUCGGGUAAAACGGUUUUCACCACCAAAUUAUUGGUGGACAAUCUCCAUUUGUUCGAGACACCACCCAAACACAUUUAUUACUGUUAUGGUUCCUGGCAAGACGGAUUCAAACUCAUGAAAGAGUAUGGUGUGAAAUUCCAUCACGGCAUUCCCGACUCCGAUCUCUUACCCAUCUGGUUUCCUAAGGGUGGCUUACUGGUGUUGGAUGAUCUGAUGGAAGAAGGAGGCAACGAUAAACGCGUUUUGGAUCUCUUCACCAAAGAUUCUCACCAUCGAAACAUCACGGUGAUCUAUUUAUCGCAAGACAUGUUUCCACCCGGUAAAUUUUCCAAGAGUAUCUCAAGAAACGCCCAUUAUAUCGUGGGAUUCAAGAACCCUAGAGAUCAACUGGGGAUGCGAAAUUUGUUGUUACAAGCCUUUCCUUCGCGAUGGCAAGAUGUGCAAGACACCUUUCGAAAGGUGACCGAUCGACCGUUUGGUUAUCUCUUGUUGGAUUUACACCCUAAAAGCCGGGACGAUCAACGUAUCCUCAGUCAUCUGCUAAAAGAAGAGGGUUGCAUGCGAAUGCAUCAGUUGAAGUGA